AUGGAUAGCCAAACACAGAAUGGUAAGGAAGUGAUACCAGAGGUGCGGUUAUUUAUAGAUAAUUCAGUAUCAGCUGUUGAUUUAUCUAACUCCAUAGUGGGCCAACAAAAUAAUGCUGACAUCAAGAAAAUGGAAGGGGUACCAAAGAAAUCAAAUAAGGAAAUAGAUGAUUUUAUUCCUGAAGAAUCGAUAUCAAAGAUGACACCUGUCAAUUUAUCUCAGCCUUGUCAAAAAUAUCCAAAAUCAUUAGAAGAAAAGGAGAUUGAUUCUUUCCUAGAUGUGGAAAACAAGAAAAUAUUUA